AUGAAGAGGCCAGCAGCAGCAGCAGGCUUCAAGAGGCCAGCUGCCAAGGCAGAGGAAGAGGAUACACCUGAGGGUGCUCACCAGCCACUCACAGCUCAAGCAGUCAAGGACCACAACAAGUUUUGUGAGGAGGCAGCCCAAAUGUCCAGUUCUCAGUUUGAGAAGGCAUUGAGCUGCUUAGAUGAGAAGGCUGCAAUGAGGUUGUGGAAGGCUUUUGAAAAGUCCAGGAAAAGCUCUGGGGCCCAGGAGGAGUACAAAGCCACCACCAGUGAGUCAGUGGGAAGCCUUGCCAAGAAGCGAAAGCUUCUGUUUGGCUGGGUGUGUGAUGGGCAGACCACAGGUGAACACUACAAGGCAAUGGUGGACAAGGUCUCUUUGAAGAAAAGUGAAGGAGUCACCAGCACCUGGCUCACAAAGGCCCAGGCACUGGCACACUGGGGGAAAGAAGAGUUGCAGGAGAGGGUGGCUUCUGGAAGUAUAGUUGCCAGGAAGGAUCCAGCAGAUCCCAAUUACUGGCAGUUCAGGGCCAACACUGAGCAGUCUCAGGUGAAUGUGACCAGGGAACAAGCUUUCACUUUUGAGAAGAAGAACAAGAGCAACCUGAAGGAGCUGGAGCAGGUAAUGAGGAGCAAGGGCUUAGAGAAGCUCACAGAAGCAGACUUCUGUGCCCCAAGUGAAGAGAGUGGUGAAGACAGUGAUGGGCUGCCAGCUGGCCUCUCUAAGGCUUUGGGCACCAAGUCUGACAAGAGCAAGAAGGAGAAGAAGGAGAAAAAAGAGAAGAAAGAAGGCAAGAAGGACAAGUGGGAGGAGAUGAGCACUGUGCAGGAGGAAGAUGGCCAAGCACAACUCCUCAACAGGCUGAUGGCUUUCAAGGUGGAGCUCACCAAGGACUUGGCAACCUUGGAUGGCUUGUGCCACUCUAAGGACAUGCCCAAGGCACUCCUGAAGGAUGUUGCCAAGACCCAGAAGGAAGGCCAAGAGGUUUUGACCUUGGUGGGGAAGCUCCACAAAGAUAAGGGCAAGAAGAAGGAGGUGGUCCCAGCCUUGCAGAAGGCCUUUGCUGUGCUGAAAAAGCUGAAAGCUAAUUGUGGAGAAAUGGACCCAUGUCCUUUGUGGGUGCUGCUGCUCAAAAAGUUCAGCAUAGGAAAGCUGUCAGCCAUAGAAGUGCAGGAGCUUGCUUCAGCAGCAGUUAAGAGUGGGCUGGAGAGCCAGUGUGUGGGGAAGUUGGCUGAGCUUGGGGCUUGUGGGCAUUCACCUGGCAAUUGCCACAGAGACUUGGUGAGAAAGUAUUUUCGCUUUCUAGAAGCUCCAGAUCCCUGGGAGGUGUAUGGCCCCCUGGCUGUGAAGAAGGGUGGCCAUAGAGUAGAGCAGAUGACUGCCAUUCACCUCCUGCUACCUCACCACUGGGUCCUUCAGGCUGAAGAGAACAACUUCUUGAAGAGUUUGUGCUGCAAGGAUGAAGAAUUAGUUGCUUUCUGGAAGAGCCAAUCUUCAUGCCCCCAGAUGACAGCUGAGCUGAAGAAAGUGAUUGAAACAUCACAACCAAGCCAGCUUCCAGUGCCUUACCUUUUGCAUGGAGAUGCAGCGCCCUUCACUGAGGUGGACAGCAUCCAGGUGCUCAGCUUCAGGUGCUUGCUUUCCAGCAAGGCAGUGACCCAGAGCCAGAUGCUAAUCGCAGCUGUGCCCAAGGCUGCCAUGACCAAGGAGACCUCCAAGAAGCUGAUGGAAGUUUUGGCAUGGUCUUGGAAAGUGCUGUGGGAUGGUGUGGUGCCCAAAAAAGAUGAGGCAGGGAUGCCCACAGAGAAAUACAAGGGGAAGAGAAUGAGGAGGGGAGUGCUAUGGUCAGUGAGUGGAGAUUUAGAAUGGUUUGCAGCUGAGUUUGGUUUCCCUUAUGCUGCAGCCAACCUUCUCUGCCCCUAUUGCAAUGCAGACCAAUGCAAAGAAGACAGCCCCAGGCUUUUCACAGAUUUCAGGCAAACCGCAGCCUGGAGAGCCAGUGUGCUGUCACCGAGCAAAUUCAAGGAGAAGUUUGGAGCACACCCACUCUUCAGAGCUCCAUGUGUGACCCCUUUGUCCAUUAGGCUGGACAUUUUGCACAUCCUGGACCUUGGUGUAGCAGCAUAUGCACAUGGAUCUUUGCUUUUUAGCAUCAUGGAGAAGUUGCCAGGAGCUUCCAGAGCUGUGAGGCUAGCCAACCUGAACAAGAAGAUAGUGGAAGCCUAUGACAAGCUGGGGGUGGCAGCCCAAAAGAGGAUCAAGCACCUGUCUUUGUCAGACCUGGCUGAGAGUGCAGAAGAAUACCCUUGCCUCAAGCACAUCAAAGGAGCUAAAAUUCGCUAUUUUGCCCCAGUAGCUUUGGAGCUGGCCAAGGAGUACAGCAUGGACAAGGCUGGGAAGCACAGGGAAGCAUUGGCAAAGCACUUGGUCAAGGCAUACCAAGUCUUAGAGUGCAGCUGGCAAGAAUGGCGGUUUGAAGCUUUCAAGAAGGCAGUGGAUGAUUUCAUGGCCCACUACAGCUGGCUGGCAGCCAAUGCCUUGGAGGAAGGCUUGCACCUUUGGAGUUUAGUGCAGAAAUCCCAUGUUUUGCUCCAUUUAGCAGAGCAAAGCAAAUUCAUGCACCCCAGCCUGAACUGGACAUAUGGGAGUGAAUCUUUCAUGGGCUGGAUAGUCCAAAUCGCUUCAAGCUGCACAAGUGGCACUCCAGCUGAGAAGCUUCCCUUGAAGGCCUUGCAAAAAUUCAGGCUUCUGUUUCACCUUUACCUGAAAGGGUACAUCUCGCUGGAUGAUGAUGAUGGGAGGUGA